CGGGAUCCAUGGCGGCAUGUAAACAAAUUUACGAGAGAGUUAUUUGAGUACUUCGCUUUUAUCAUAUACACCGUCUGGACCAUCGCCGAUGAUGUGAUACACGUGGAGUAUGUCGGUAGAAGCUAAGGAACACUUUUGGAGGGAACACCAAGACUCUUUACGCCGCAUCAGGACCCACUUAGUGAGUGGGAAGAGAAGUCCUGCCACCAAGACCCGGACCCCAGUGUACGGGAGGAGGUCCCCAGCAGCCAGAAAUACCCACCCUCCCUACGGCAAGUACAGACGGGCCACGCCCCCUAACUUACCCAGACUCGACACCCCCCCGGAACAUGAAGAACGCAGGUCUCACAGAAACCUAAGGAAAACAAGAUACGAGGAAGUACCGCCAGUAAAACCAAGAAAAGCUUUUGUCAACCCUCCUGAAUAUGACAGCUGGGGGGAAGAAACUGACGAUGACGAGGACGACCAACUCAAGCCCCACCCCCUCCCUUACCCUAUAUAUGCCCCGCCCAAUGUGGUCUACGGUCAGCCCUUCCCUAUGUACUACCCUCCUCCACCAAAGGGGGCGGGGCGGCACCAGAAGCGCAGAGACAAGAAGAGGAAGUCUGACAGAGGAUACAAAGACAUUCACAGAGAUCGAUUACGUCUCUCGGAGUCCACCUCGAAAAAGAAGGGCCGCAAGUCCCGCCGUGACCCUGCUCGAAAUUCUGUUCCUUUGAACAACGGGUACCCGAUACCCCUCCACAGCUACCCGGGGCCGAUGAACGGGUACCCGGUACCCAUGUUGAAUGCUUAUGUGAUGCCUGUGCAUACAAUAGCUGGGGGAUCAGAUUCAGAGGAUGAUGAAGAGGAGUCGGAGGAAGAACCUGUCCGGCACCGUAGAGCCUACACGCCACCCAGGAGGUCGUACCGGUAUGUUCAGCCACUACUGGACAUUGAGCCGGACCACAUCUCGGAUGAGACUCACACACAUUUCAUUAAACAUCCGCUGUUUGCCGAGGACUUUGUCACGUGGUUUAUAACCGAUUGUUUAGAGGAGGAGUUUGUGCCCGAUGUUUUGAUAGAUGCUCUUACGGAGGUUGACAAGUUGCCAGCGGAGCAUCCAUGGUUCAUGCCGGCGCUGCGAGCGUGUGACGACGUCCUGACGCGGGAGAUCGAGGAGAUGACGGUGGAGAUUGUGAGGGAGGCUAUGCUGGAGGAGGCUAGACCAUACACCAAGGUCAGCCUCCCUCCCACCCCCCUCACCCCCUACUACAUCCCCCCUCCCGACCCCCUGGAGAUGUUCCUGGAGGACGUGGUGGCGGCGGCGGUGAUGGAGCAGUGCCGGGAGGUGGUGCGUGAGACGGUGCUGGAGCUGGCACACAACUACCUGGAGGACGUCAUGGCCGACAACAUCCUAGACGAGCUGCUGGCGGAGGAAGUCCAGGACAUGAGGAACGAGCUGCUGGAGGAGGCUGUGUUUGACAUUAUAGCGGAGGACUUCCUGGAGGACGAGGUGAUCGGUCCGGAGGUUGAGGAUGAGGCUGUGGUGGUUGCCAAGGACAUCAUCCAGCACUACGACAGCAAGAUCACACGGCGUGAGAUGAAGUCAGUGAAGGAGAUGGCUGGAGACAGGCUAGUGGAGUCUCUGUGUCUGGACUACCUCCUGUCUCUCAUUUCUCGACAAGGCAAAGUGUGGACCGAGAGUGACUUCGCCAACAGAUUUGUCGAUGAAAUGAUGGGAAACAUCUUACUUCGGCAGUAUUUUGGAGUGAAGACAAAUCGAGACAAGACGAUUCAUUGCAAGCCGCUACGUAAACUGCAUGAGAAGGUGGUCACCGAUGUGGCGCUGGAUGUGCUGCUGCAACAACUCUCCUCCUCCCUGGAUGAAGACCUGGCUGACGUUGAUGAGUAUGAGAGAGGUGUGAAUGACGGAAUCGACUUGCCCACCGCGCCAGCCAUUGUCAGGUGACACGGCUCCACUCAUUUAGCAAGAUGGUGAGGAUCCAAUCAACUCAGAAAAUCAAAGACAAUUGUGUUGCAUUUCUGUGCACUGCUGCCAUGACACAGUCGCUACUGCUGGUCCAAAGAAAAUGUCCAUAGAACAUGAUCGGGGAGACAGAUGUCUGGCAUAUGUAACCUACAUGUUGGAGGGGGAGAUAGACAGGAUUAAGUCUGGAUAUUAUCAGGGUAACGCUAUAUUCAGGGUAUUUUCAUUUGCAGAAGCCCGAGGAAGGAGGGCAGUUGAAAAGACCGAGGGCUUCUGCAAAUGAUAAUAUCCUGAGCCUUACAGUUAUUAUAGCUAACAUGGAUAGAAUUUAUUACAAAAUAAAAAUAAACAACAAUAUCGGUUUUGAAACAUUUACUGCAAUCAAGAAGUAAUGAUAAUGAUUUGACAAAUAAUACAUCACCUGGGUUAUACUAAAAUAUAUGGCAGGGGAGAACUGCGUGUCAUUGUAACCUGACUGCUUGUCACAAUGCUCAUUAUGUCAACCACCGGUUUAUCUAGCAGCCAUCUUGUUUCUGUGACAUUCCUCGCUGUUGUAUAGAACAGCAUUCACUUGACAUCUCUUGCUCUCUUCUGGGGGCACAGGGGGACCAGUCGUCUAAGGUGCCAUGAUUCUCUGUGCAGAGUUGCGUCCCUUGGGCACACCAGAAACCUAUGAUUGUGGGUUCAAAUCCGGGUUCGCCCCAAUUAUGUUAUAGGUUUGUCA